AUGACGACGGAAACUGCGACGCCAACCCAGGCGGACGCGAGCACCGCGUUUCUGCGGGCUGCGCGCGCAGGGCAGAUUGAGAAGAUCAUAAGCCUUUUGGAACAGGGCGUUGACAUCAACGUUAGCAAUGCUAACGGUCUCAACGCCAUCCAUCUUGCUUCCAAAGAUGGCCACGUGGAAGUUGUCAGAGAGCUCCUGGAUCGAGGAGCUGCAAUCGAUGCAGCCACCAAGAAAGGAAACACUGCUUUGCACAUCGCAUCUCUUGCAGGGCAGGAGGCGGUUGUCAAACUGCUCGUGCAGAACUCUGCACAGGUCAACAUCCAAUCUCAGAAUGGCUUUACGCCCCUCUAUAUGGCGGCGCAGGAGAACCACGAUGGCGUCGUGAAGUUCUUACUGGCGAAUGGAGCCAACCAGAGCCUUGCUACAGAGGAUGGCUUCACUCCUCUGGCAGUGGCCAUGCAGCAGGGUCAUGAGAAGGUAGUGGCUGUUCUUCUAGAAGCUGACACUCGUGGCCGAGUGCGCUUGCCGGCACUGCACAUCGCUGCCAAGAAGGAUGACGUCAAGGCUGCUAAUUUAUUGCUUGAGAAUGAACACAAUCCUGACGUGACUUCAAAGUCUGGCUUCACCCCGCUUCACAUCGCGGCCCACUACGGCAAUGAGGCUGUUGCGAGACUUCUCCUGGCCAAGGGAGCUGAUGUCAACUGUGCUGCUAAGCACAACAUCUGUCCUCUACAUGUUGCUGCUAAAUGGGGUAAAGAGAAUAUGGUGUCACUUCUAUGUGACAAUGGAGCCAACGUCGAAGCCCGCACUAGAGAUGGACUCACACCUCUGCAUUGCGCUGCGCGGUCAGGCCAUGAGAGGGUCGUUGAGGUCCUUCUUGAUAGGGGAGCCCCUAUUACUAGCAAGAGUAAGAACGGCUUGGCUCCCCUGCACAUGGCGGCUCAGGGUGACCAUGCUGAGGCAGCUCGAGUGCUGCUGUCCCGCCGAGCACCAGUCGAUGACGUCACUGUCGACUAUCUUACAGCCUUGCAUGUCGCUGCCCAUUGCGGACAUGCUAAAGUUGCUAAACUUUUAUUGGAUAGGAACGCAGAUGCGAAUGCGCGCGCUCUAAACGGAUUUACCCCACUGCACAUUGCGUGCAAGAAGAAUAGGAUCAAGGUGGUGGAACUGCUGCUCAAGUAUGGUGCCAGUAUACAAGCCACCACAGAAUCAGGACUGACUCCUCUCCAUGUAGCUGCAUUCAUGGGAUGCAUGAACAUCGUGAUCUACCUGCUGCAGCAUGAGGCCAACCCUGACGUACCUACUGUCAGGGGAGAAACGCCUUUGCAUUUGGCUGCGAGGGCCAACCAGACUGACAUAAUCCGUAUCCUGCUCCGCAAUGGUGCAGCAGUGGAAGCUAAGGCCCGGGAACGCCAGACACCACUGCACAUCGCUUCCAGACUCGGGAACGUGGACAUUGCAGUACUGUUACUGCAACACGGGGCUGAUGUCCGAGCUAUGACUGCAGAUCAUUACAACCCACUGCAUAUUGCUGCUAAACAGCAUAAUCAUGACGUCGCCGCCGCACUAAUUGAACACAACGCUCCAUUGACAGCGACUACAAAGAAGGGCUUCACAGCGCUGCAUCUAGCCGCUAAAUACGGCAACUUGAAGGUGGCGAAUCUGCUACUGGCUCAUGGCGCAUCACCUGACCAAGCUGGCAAGAAUGGGAUGACACCACUCCACAUUGCUGCUCAGUACGAUCAGCAAGCUGUUGCCACUACACUCUUGGAGAAAGGAGCUGAUGCGAAGGCUGUAGCUAAGAACGGACAUACUCCUCUCCACAUAGCCGCUCGCAAGAACCAGAUGGAGACGGCAGCCACUCUGCUGGAGUAUGGAGCUCUAACCAACGCAGAGUCCAAGGCUGGCUUCACACCGCUACAUCUUGCAGCCCAACAGGGACACACGGAAAUGUGCUCGUUGCUCCUAGAGCAUGGUGCUGAAGUAGACCAGCAAUCUAAGAAUGGAUUAGCAGCUCUGCAUUUAGCUGCUCAAGAAGACAGGGUGCCUGUCGCCCAACUGUUGGUCAAGAAUGGUGCAGAGGUUGAUAUAGGCACUAAAGGCGGAUACACACCGCUGCACAUCGCCAGUCACUACGGCCAGGCCAACAUGGUGCGCUUCCUGCUUGAAAGUGGCGCUUCUGUCAAAGCUCAGACAACACACGGAUACACAGCGCUACACCACGCCGCCCAGCAGGGUCACAUCAAUAUUGUGAACAUUCUACUCGAACAUAAGUCCGAUGCCAACGCUACUACCACGAACGGUCAAACUCCUCUGGAUAUUGCCUCCAAACUUGGCUACGUCACAGUCAUGGAGACCCUCAAAGAAGUAUCAGAACCUUCCAUCGCACCAGUCUCCCAGGAGAAAUACAAGGUGGUGGCUCCUGAGACAAUGCUGGAGACAUUCAUGUCUGACUCCGAAGAAGAAGGAGGUGAAGACACUAUUCUAAACGAUCAGCCAUACCGCUACUUGACGGCGGAUGAUAUGAAGUCUCUGGGAGACGACUCAUUGCCAAUAGACGUGACUAAGGAUGAGAGGACGGAAUCCGCCAUGAGCCAUAAGAAUAUUAUGGAGUUAUCGCAAGGCUCCGUAAACGGCAUGCCCUACCAGCCUCAACAGGAGGUUGUUGUAAAGAGCAUCAGCCGCUACAGCACUGCGCAGGCGCCAGAAGGAUAUUGCUACAACGUGGAUCCUACACAGCCCAAGAAGAAAUUGCAAUGGAAGAAUUUCCUGGUCUCAUUUCUGGUGGAUGCUCGAGGCGGAGCGAUGCGUGGAUGUCGCGGUGGAGGUGUGAGGGUCAUUGUACCUCCAUUAUCGGCUCAGCAGCCAACCAGAAUAACUUGCAGGUAUCUAAAACCAUCCCGCAUCAACCACAUGCCGCCCCUGAUGGAGGGUGAAGCUCUGGCUGCCAGGGUGCUCGAGAUGGGACCCGUUUCCGCCAAAUUUUUAGGGCCGGUAAUACUUGAAGUGCCCCAUUAUGCUUCUCUUCGUGGCAAGGAGCGUGAGAUCGUGAUCCUCCGCUCUGACAAUGGAACCAGCUGGAGGGAACACAACGCUGAUGCCACUGAUGAUGUCGUGCAGGAUAUUCUGCAUGAAACUCUUGAAAUCGAAGAGACGAAUGAAGACGAGAAAGGCUGGGAUGCUCCACGCGUCACCAGGAUCCUGACUCAUGACUUCCCGCAGUACUUCGCGGUGAUAUCGCGUAUUCGACAGGAGGUCCACGCUAUUGGACCUGAAGGUGGCAUGGUCUCCAGCUCCGUUGUCCCACAGGUUCAAGCCGUCUUCCCUCAAGGAGCUCUCACCAAGAAGAUCAAAGUUGGCCUACAGGCCCAAAUAAUUGAUUCAGAAUUGACUGCUAAACUCCUCGGUCGGGGAGUAGCAGUGUCACCAGUAGUUACAGUAGAACCUCGACGAAGGAAGUUCCACAAAGCUAUAACCCUGAGUAUGCCAGCACCUCGCCCUCAUACCCAGGGUAUGACGAACCAGUACAGCACAUCAUCAGCUCCAACGUUAAGACUACUCUGCUCCAUAUCAGGUGGAACAAAUCGAGCUCAUUGGGAAGAUGUGACGGAGAAUACUCCUCUUACGUUUGUGAACGAUUGUGUUUCGUUUACUACUACUGUCUCGGCUAGAUACUGGCUGAUUGAUUGUAGACACGUUGAGGAUGCUACCAAAAUGGCGACUGAGUUAUACAGGGAGGCUAUCCAUGUACCAUUCAUGGCUCGUUUCGUGGUGUAUGCCAAACGCACUGACGAGUGCCAGGCUCAACUGCGCAUGUUCUGCGUGACUGAUGAUAAGGAGGAUAAGACCCUAGAGCGCAUCGAACGGUUCAUCCAAGUCGCCAAGAGCAGGGAUGUUGAGGUGCACGAAGGUAAACCCGUAUACCUGGAAUUCGGUGGAAACUUGGUACCGGUGGCGAAGUCAGGAGAACAGCUCUCGAUACCAUUCAGAGCAUUCAGGGAGAACCGAGUUGCCUUCCCUGUCAUGAUCAAGACUCAGGACUUGGAGCCAAUCUGCAGGUGUCAGUUCAUGAGGGAUCCUAAGGUUCCUAAGGGAGAGCCAUCACCAGCACCUAUUGCUGUCCUCAACAUCAUGGUGCCUGAUGAAGAGAGGACGUCUCCUAUUCCUACGGAGACGGUGCCAAUGCGCACUGAAGAACAAGAGCUGAUCUGGCGACAGAGGCUCAGCGACCCACGGUUGGAAGACAUCUGCAACCUCCUUGGCAAGGACUGGGUGGCGUUAGCUUACGAACUUGGAGUAAGCGUGGCCACGGUUAACCAAAUACAAGCAAAGAGGAUCACAGCGGCUGAGCAGGCGCAGCUCAUGCUCAAACUGUGGAAGACGCAGUCGGGAACCAAAGCUCUAGAUAAUGCUCUAGAGUUAGCGUUAUGUCGUAUUGGAAGGGACGACAUCAUCGCGCCACAAUCAGAGUUGACCAAUGAACGACGUAUCCAACGUAAUAUUUACCAGGAGAGGCAGGCUUCGGAAGAAAUUGAAGCUUACAAAGCAGAUGAAGAUAACAAACACAAAGACAGGAUAUACGAUGAGAAUCAGAUCCCAGAACAUAGAGAUGAACAUGAUCAGGAUGAAGCUAAAUAUUCUCCUGAAGAAAAAUCUGUAGUCGAUAAGAGUGAAAUAGAAAGGACUCCUACGCCAAGUGAAGAUAGUGAAGAAGAUGAAGAUGUCAAGCGCAGCGUAGCAGAACGAAAAGAGCAAAUCACAAGAAAGUUGAGUUCUAGCAAAAUUCCUGCUUCAAAACAAAAGAAGGAAAUCAGGGAAGAAAUCAUUGAAAUUAAGACACAAAUAAAACCUGUAAAGAAGUAUCAAGACAGCGAACAACAAGUAAUGGAUAAGGAACCAAAAUUAGAAAGGACGCGAUCAAAGACGUCUCCUGAUACAGUUGAAGAAGAGGCUGAGGUCCAAGACGUUCCUGAGCCAAAGAAAGAGGAACCAAAGCCAGCAGAAAGACCAGUCGAACAAUUCCGAAAGUUCGACCCUUCAUCACCAGCUAAACCUACGCCUAAGCAUCUACAAAGGCAUAUGAGAAACGAAUCCAUGAGAUUCCCAUCAGGAGAUUUCUCAAAUGUCACGAUCACUCCAAGGAAAUCGGUGACCGCUGAGACUUCUGAAGUCAAAACGACUGAUACUUUCACCAGAGAAGUUAUUUCACAGAAAGAAAUAGCCACAUCUAGGGUAGAAGAAAAGUUAGAUGACGGUGACAAAUCACCUGAUUUAGUCGUUGAAGAAAAAGACAUCGCCGAAGCACCAUUGAAAGCCAAAAUUAGCUCUUUCGAAUCAAAAAUGUCUAAGGAAUCUUCUAUUGAGUUACCUAAGACUACAGUCAAAUUAACGAAAGAAGCGUUGAAGAAGCAUACUCUAGAACAGGACCAAGGUAUUGAGUAUACACAAGAAUUUGUAAGGGAACAAUCUAAACAAAUAUCAAGUAUGGAAACUCAUGUCACACACAAAGUAUCUGUGGAAACGGAGAAACAUGUUGAAACAGUAAAAUCUGUUAAAGAAACGAUACAACACUUCGAUUCUAAGAUUAAAUUAGAUGAGAAAUCCAAACCGUACCAUAAAACGAUGAGAACUGAUUCUACGUUAGUGCAAGUUUCUUCAGAAGAAGAUAGCGAGUUCUUGAAAAAAUCUACUGAUUCUGAGACUGAAACUGAAUCUCAAACUACUGUAAAAGUAGACAAACUAGAACAAAAGAGUAAAUUCAAAAUUGAUAGAGACAUAUUUGACAAGAAGCCUGAUGGGUUACCCAAAGAUCAGAAGGAUGAUCACGGCAGAAAGCCAGGUGAUGAUGACAAGAAAGAUGAUCAACCGGCAAUUAUGAGAGAACAAAAACUGGAGAAACAACUCACUCAAGAACUACGAGCGAAAGUUAGUGAAGAAGAAAUCACGGAAACAUUGGAAGAAAAAGAUGUUUCUGUUAGUGACCAUGUCAUAAAGGAUAAGGUGGAAGCACAAGUAUCAGUGACGAGCGUGAAAUCGGAUUUAAGCCGGCAUACAAAGACUGACUCACUCGGAUCAGAAACCACUGACAUGAUCAGCAAAUUGACAUCACAGGAAUCACCUGCACAAUCAGCUAUUGACAAGGCCGAUUCACUAGCUGACAUACAACAAAGCACUGAGAAAGAUUUCAGCUUUGUGUCCCAAACUGAAUCGAAGGUGUACUCAAAGGAUUCAAAACACCGCAGUGACUCACUAGAUGAGGCUUCACAAUUCUCAGACUUGGAUGACCAGAUUGGCACAAGUCCAGCACAUAAGCCUCAUGUCGAUAAAGAUUUAGAACCAACUGUAACUAAAACUGAAAUUAAGACUGUUACUACUACGAUAUCAGAUAGAAAAGGUGCUAGAGAUCAAACAUUAGAAUUUAUUAAAUAUGAAAGUGAACACAGUUCGCGAGUCCUUGAAUCUGCUUUGGUGCCAAGGGAAGCAGAAAAGAUAUCGCCAAAAGAAUCGCCAGUAAUAAGCGCAAAAGCUCGCCAAUUCAUUGAAACAGUGCCAGAAGAUGAUUCUGUACAAGAAUGUUUCUUCUCUAAGCGCAUCUACUCAGACUCUCUAGAAGACUCUGAGCAUACUGACUCACGACGACAUUCAGAAGCUGAAUCAUUGAAAUCAGAUCAAUCAGAUGUAAAGGCUAAGGUAUCAUCAUCUGACUUUGAUGAAAGAGCGGAAUAUGAGGAAACUAUUGAUUCAGGUAGUGGAUUUGGUGAUGAGAAAUUCGAAGAAAGUGUCGGUUUCACAUCAAUGAGAAUUGAUCCCAAAGCUGUGGAACUAGAGAAACAAGACUCUGGUUCUGAUAAGGCGGAAGAUGCAGAGCCCAUCUUCAAGAAAAUGACUCCGAAGCGAUCUCACUCAAGAACUGAGUCGAUUUCGAUAUCAAAGUUAAGUGACUUACAAAUUGAUUUAGAUUUACCAAAAACUAAACAGGAAUUCCAGAUGAUUGUAACUGAAGCUGAAGAAAUAGACCGAUCUGACAAAGAUGAACUAUCAGACAAAAUAUCUUCUGAAAGCAGCAGGGAGAUUGAAAUAUCGGACCGAAAAUCUUCAGAAGGCAUUUCUGAUAAGAUUAGUUCUGAAGACGCUGUUACGGAAAAGAAAACGUCUUCUGAAGAAGACGCAACGAGAGAUCGUGAACCAGUUUUAGAACACGGGAAAGAAGUGGUAACUGCUGUAAUUGAGACCGUGAGAGAUUUUGAUGUGGAAAUGAGGACCCACGCAAAAGAUGACGUAGCAGACAAAGUCGAUGCAGUGAAACGCCAAUCGGUAACAUCGGCUGGCUCUGGAUCGGUCAGCGAGUUACGUUUGGAAGAAAAACGUUUAUCAGAUGCUCAUAGCUUGACUGAAUCCAGGGAUUAUACUUUUGAAGAGUCUGAAGAUGACAUUGCCACACAGGGAACUCAUGUUGAUGUUUCAAAGGAGAAGGUUGAAAUCAAACCUGAGAGUGAUACUAAGACUAAAACUGCAUCAGGCAAAACUGAGUCUAAAUUUGCUAAACUUACUCACGGAGAUUCAUUGGAUGACGUUGAAGGUUUCCCCGAAGACCAUGUUACAGAUUACGUGCAUAAACUUCCACAUAUUGCCGAAAUGGGUUCUAUCCCAGAUAAGGACAUUACGAGCGAUUUCUUAAAUAAAGAAAGGGAAGCACAAAUGAAACGAGAAUCAGUUCAAGUUAUUACAAAGACUGUGACUGAGACCAAAGAACCAGAGAAAGUAGUCUCAGCUAUUUCUGGUAUUAUACAACCGGCAAAGGAAAUCAUCAGUGCAAUUACUGACUCUGCGCCAUCAACGAAGGAACCCACUACUACUACCGUUGUUACUACUCAAGAAGAGAAAGUAACCACUAGUGUCAUCACUGAAUCUACACCCGAUCAUGUAAUUACAAGGACUGUAACAGAAUCUGCCCAACCAGAUAGAGUUGUAACUACUGUUGUCACAGAAACUGUACAGCCAGUAAAAGAAGUGAGAAUUGUUGAAACAGUUCAGACAGAACAUGAUCAACAACCUAGAGAAAUUGUGUUUACGACAAGACAGACAGAGACAACAUACACUGUAACUUCGAAAGAUGAACCAACCGUUGUAUCAGAAGUAACUACUAUUAUCAAGGACGGUACAACAUCAACUGUAGAAGAAAUAAUUGAAACGAAAAAGGAAGUAAUUGUAAGCAGUGGUAGUAAAUUUGACGUAUCAAAAAUAAGAACCGAUACACUUGGACACUUCGAUGUAGGAGACAUCGAUGAAGCUAAAAAGUUUGUGCCUAAAGACUUAGACUUGUCUGAAGCACCAGAAAUCACUAAAGAACAGGUCAAACCUGUUAUCGACGAUAUAUUGCAUAAGGGAACAAUUGCUGCGGCAGCCAGAAGCCCAGUUGUUGAUAAGGAUAUCAAAACAAUUACUAAAGAAAUAGUAGAAACUGAAAAAAGAUCUUACGACGCAAAAGUUCCACACAAAGAUGAACGGCGACACUCUUGCAUUAGUCCAGCUAUCUCUCUGGAAAGAAUAGCUGAAUCUGAGGUGGAAACCGAAGAAGAACCACUAAAGGUUACCAGUGUUGUCACUGAAACACACACAGUAACAGAAACAGUUACUGAAAUGAAAAAAUCCGACUCAGCUAUGAAACAGAUGGCGGAUAACAUAGAAAUUAUCAUUAAGCAAGCGUCUGAAGAUAUUGACGUUUCGUCAGAAGAGCAUCCAGUUGACGAUACACAAGAUAUUGCAGGCCGAGUCUCUGUAGACUCUAUUAUAGAGGAAGCAGUGACUACCGUCGAAGGAUACUUGGACGAAAAAGAUUCGAAACAGCAAGAAAUUGAAGCCAAAAAAGAGAUUAUCUUCGAGGAAACCAAGAAGUUUGUAAAGGACAGACCAGGGCUGAUCAAGUCACUGUCAAGAGAUAGUGGGGAAAUUGUGAUCAUGCCUAAAAAGAAACAUCCAAGGACAUUCUCUGUUCAGAGUUCUCCUGAAGAAGUUGAAGAACAGAUUUACACUGAUUCUGAAUCAGAUAUGGACAAAGCUAAAGUUCUUGAGAUCAUAGAACCCAGUUCCGAUUUAGAUGGAAAAACGCCUGCAUCUAGUUUUGACACGAGGAAGAUUCGCACCGACUCUCUAGAUGAUGCUGAUGAUUUCCCAGAAAAAGAGGCUGAAUUCUUUGGAGAUGACGAAAAGUACAUUGAAGAUGCACCUGAGUCAUUCCAGCAAGUUAAAUUUGAUACACAUGCACUUGAAGAUAUGGCUGGACCCAGCACAAGUGCUCACCAUGACGGAGAAGAAGAUGACAAAUUCAGUGAAAAGUUUGUUAAGAAAACUCACUUUGUGGACAGCUUAAUGCGAUCGGAUUUGGUCUCAAAAUCUACUACAGAGUCAUCAGUAACCACUGUCAUAUCCACGUUGACCAAGUCUUCAGAUGAAGACCAGAAGUCGGUACUGGAAGAUGGAACAUCUGCUGACUUCUCAAAAAUAAGUGGUGCUGACUUAGUGAAAGACCCUUCCAAAACUUCUAUGGAAACUAAGGAAGAUUCUAGGAUUGAGGAACAAAUUGAGGACCGUGGCACACCGGACUUAUCAAAGAAGUCGAUAGACUUAACAAAAGACUACUCAAAGUCGUCCAUCGAUAGCAAAGACACUUCCAGAGAUUUCGCUACCAAUGAAUUGUCUAAAGACUCAACUGUUGACUUAACAAAAGACUUUUCGAAAGCUUCCGUAGAAAGUGUUAAAGAGACAUCAAAGUCUAUUGACGAAAAGACUUUCUCAGAAGACCAUUCGUCUUUAGAUGUAUCAAAGACAUUGGCGUCAGAUGCAUCUGACGGUAUCACAAUCAGCAAAGAAUUUAUUGAAGAGGAGAGAUCAGUUUCAAGGGUUGUUAAAGUAUCGAGUAGUUCCUCACAGGAAACGUCUGUACUAACAGAAAGUAUAUUGUUCAGUGAACAAGAUGAAAAAUCUUAUGAAAAAACGAAACCUUCAGACAAAACUGAACAAGACUUUAUCGGUGAAAUGGAAGAGAAGAUUGCCCAGUUGCAGUCUGAAUUUAGAAAGGAAGAAGAAAGUAUUAAAGAUAGGGCUGAUAAAGAGCCUGAAGUUAAAAUUGAAAAACAUGUCACUACGAAGGAAAUUAUUGGUGAAGAUGGUGGAAAAACGAUAAUCACUGAAACACACGUGACUACUGAAACAACAAAGCAUGUAGUUAUAGAUGGAAAAGUAUCUGAUGAUAAAGAAGAUAAAUCCAAGAAAGACGAGGAUGACGAAGUCCUUCAAGAAGCAGACGAUGAAGUUCCUGACAUGAAAGAAUUGAAUAGAAGGUGUUCAAAUCUUCUGGAAGAUAUAUCUCAAGGAGCUCUUAUUAGAAUUGACUCAUCUCAUGUAACUCACGAUCUUGUGUCAAAAUUCUCCAAAACUCCACCACCGUCCCCUGUUGAUUUAACCUUGAAAGAAAAAUCCAAACCCGACGAUGGUACUGGCGACAAGUCUGCCGGGCUACAACCCAAAGGCUCCGACUCAUCGUUCCUGGACGCUAGCCGUCAAUCACCCAGAGCUUCUUCAGCCGGCGAUAGUGUCAUCAGCGAGACAGAAGCUCAUCAAAGUGAAGUACUGAUGGAAGCGUCUAAGGCACUCACUGCAGCCGCCAGGCCAAAAUCUCCAACUAAACAUGUGGCCGAUAAUAUAACUUUUGUUAAUGUCGACCAACCGACAAUUACUAGUGGUGCAAUAGAACUUGUAGAUAGAACGAUAGAAAAAAGUAUUGACGUCAUUGAUCAAAUAAAGAAAGAACAACUCGCUGUUCAAAUGGAAGAAAUGCAGAAGUCUACCUCAAGUGACACGUUCUAUACGGAGUCUAGAGUUGAGACUUCAUCUUCUUCAGUUCAUAAGACAUUUGAAGGCGGUGAGUUGAAGUUUCAAUCAAUUGACCCUGAAGCUGUAAUGUCUGAUAUGGUUGCCAAGUUUGGCAGCAAAGACGAAUUCAGCACAAUAUUAACUCAUAAAGAAACCGAAACAAGAAAGAUUUCUGGUCAAGAAUUCUUUUCUGAAACAAAACAAGUAUCGUCUUCUGAUGACGAUUCACUAGUUAUAAAAACUGAAACGACGCAUGAAUUACGAGGACAAGAACAUGAAACUAAAGAGAAAACUGUGGUCCGUAAGGAGGGUGAUCAAACUGAAACAUCGCAAAAAAGGUUAGAGAAAGCACAUGAAGCUACAGCUAAGAGAUCUGACACUGAAACCAAAACUGUGCGAAGUACGGAUGAUACAGACAUUAUCAAAGUAGAGAGAGAAUUUUCUGAACAAGGUCUGUACACUGGACGACAGACAAAGUCAGAAGAAAAAAUGACCGCAAUCAAAGAUGAAACCACCAAGAAAAAGAAUGAAGUUAAAAUAUCCGAACGUGACUUAUACCAUGAGCAAUGGGGUAAAGAAUAUUUCACUGAACCAGGUGAAUUAGAAAACAUUGUCGAAGAUGAUGACAAGUCUAGAGUUGCAUUUGUGGAUUCAACUCUAAAAAUAAUUGAAAAAGACGAAGUAGUAUCUAGUGUAGAAGUUUCGGAAAAAGGAAAAGUAGUUAGUUCAACAAUAGAACAUCACAAAGAAGAGUCAGUAAUAGAAAGUAAAGAGCAUGAUGAUCUUAGCUCUGAUGCGCCUAGUUUUAAGAGUGAACCAACUGAAAGACGUGAUUCAACAGAAGCAAGCCCAAAGAGUAAAUCAAAAUCCUUCAAAAAAGACGACGAAACUUACGAAGUAAAUUUCAUAAAGGAAAUCAAAGUAACGACGUCCCCAGUUAAGAGUACAUUUAGUCGAACUGGAAGUCAAGAUACACAUUCUGAAUCAGAGGUAGCACCUGAAUUACCUCACGAUGACAAAACUGGAGAUACACCAAAGAAAGAGAAACCUAUGAAAUCUCCCAUUAAAUUACCAGAACAACAGAUUCAGGAUCAAGUUUGGGAGGUUUCUGUACAAAAAGCCGACUCAUUUGAGGUGGCUGAUGAGAUACCAAAACCUAAAGUCACUACAAGUGUCGAAGCUUCUAGUACAACUACGAAGAGUUCUGACAGUGACACUAUUUUAGAGAUUAGAACUGUUGUAGAGACACGGACUGAAGUUACUAAAACAUCCAAAACUGACAUGUCCCCUUUAACAUUUGAACUAUCAGAUGAAACAAGUACAACGUCCAAAGAUAUCAUGAUCAAAUCCGGUGAGAGUCUUGACACGGAAUGUAUGAUUAAAUCGUUAGAAUCACAUGAAGGAGAAGUGCUACAGAAAUCUAUGGAUUCUACUGUAAGUGCUGAAACUCUUCAUGCCUCUGAGUUUUCCACUGAAGCUGAUUCAGCUUACUUAACAGGAACUGAUCAUAGACGGGAAGAAGUCAAGCUAAUAAAAGAAAAAAGCCUAGAAGACAUUUGCAGUAGUGGAUAUGACACUGAUCUCUCCUCUGCCGAGUUUCAUGCUACGAAACUUGAGUCAGAAAGGGUGGAUUUCGAUUCACUGAUGUCUGCUCAACCACUUACUGACUUGUCAGUUUUGGAAAAAACGAUAGAUGAAGUCAAACAGUCUCUUGAAGCAGCGCAAGGCGAAAUUAUUAGUGAAAAGAGCGAUGGUAGCAGCAAGUACAAACAGUCUCCAUCUGAAUUUCAGUUCAAACUGUUGAUAAGCCCUGAUAGGCCUGAAGUUAUAACAGAAGAACAACAUGAUGACCAUGAUAAGUCAGCUAUUUCUAAGGAUAAACAAGAAAAGGCACUUGAUAAAUCAGAUAGAACAUCACCAAAAUUAAGUUCACAGGACGAUACUACAACUUCUGAUGAAGAAAAAGACACUGUUCAUAUCAAAGAAUCUAGUCCACCCCUAGAUAGUGCUGAUAUUUCUAUUAGAUCAGACAGCGGUCCCCAUUCAAUAAUUGAAACUGAUAGUGAAAUAAUUUUAUAUGACAGAGAUAAGUCCAUAAGCAGUCUUGAAGUAAAACUCAGGGAACAGAAACAUAUCAAGUCAAAGUUAGGAGUGGGAGACAGGCGAUCAGCAUCUGAAGUUGAGGGAUGGUCUAGUUCAGGAGAAAGUCACUACCACAGCUUCGAACACUCAGAGAGCCGACCUUUAUCCUCUGAUGUUGAGGUCAUGAUGACAGCACAGAGUGGAACUGAAUUUGAAACGGCUCUCACAAGUCAUGACGUUUCGUCAUCGUUGAGGACGUCUAAAGAUUAUUUCACUGCCGGUAGUUCACUAGCUUCACGAGAUAGUAUGAAAAGUUUAGAUUCUGAUGGGUCUAGUCAUGUCGCUAGCAUAGACAUUUCUGAUGCUUCAGAAACUCUCGUACCAUCCGCUAAUGAGUUAAAAGAAGAAUUGAUGGAAAGUAGCACAUAUGUUGAACAUUUCCUUCAUGAAGGAGAAAAAGUUGUGCCGAAAGUCAAAGAUGUUAGUGAUGAAGAAGUUUCAGCUGAUGAAGAUGAAGGAAAAGUUGGUGUUAUCGAACCUGUAGGUAAAAUGAAAAGGUCACAUGAAAUGAGAUUUCACAAGGAUUUAAUACCAGAACAUUUCCCUAUUGAAAGCGCGUCAGAGAGUGCUGAUAUUGAUGACGAUUCUACUAAAGAUAAAGAUGGUUCUGAUACUACAAUUUCAAGUCAAUUGAAAACCGACGAAAUAUUAUCGUCAUCGAUUUCAAAACUGGACAUGCCUUCCUCACAAUCAGAACAGGACUUAAUAGAAGUCAAAGAGACUGUUAUGAAAGUAUCAACUCAUUCUCAAGAGGCUGUACCAUUUUCUGUAACUAAAAUAGAAAAACCACAACGAGAAUUUGUUGAUGUAGAAAGUGAAAUUAUUCCUGUAGGAUCCUCAGAAUACGAGGACAUUGUAAGGUUUGGAAGUAUUACUCCUGAACCAAGAAAACAUUCAAAAGAAGAUAUAACUAUAACAAAGAAAACUAUUCAUGAAGCCGAAAGCGCACCUGGAGAAGUAUGUGAAGUUGUAGAAGAAUGUCAAAAGAAAAUCGUAAAAGAAGUUAGCGUUAUACCUUUUCCAAAGACAGAUAUACCACCAAGUCAAAGAGAAUUUGUUGAUAUUGAAGACGACAUCAUACCAGUCGGAUCUAAGCAGUAUGAAGAAAUCUUAAAAUCAAAGAGUGAUUCAUCUGUUCCUAAAACUAAAGUUGAGAAAUCUGUUGUUAAAACUCCUGAUUCUCAAUUGGAUAGUAAACAGACAUCGACAUCCAGCCUUCAAACGCAUGAUCAUCAAUCUACACCUCAAACACCACUAUCUGCUCCCAGUCAAAGUUCGCUAUCCACAGACAAUGGUAGGGAGUAUGUCCUAGAUGACAUGUACGAUAUUUCUGAGACUCCUGAACUUCGGUCCGACCUAGCUGAAACAAGUAAAUCAGAAUUAGUAAUAACAACCGAAGAGAAAACUAUGCGCAGUUAUGAAAAGGAACAGGAAUCGCCUACCAGUGAUGAAUUUGAAAUGGUAGAUAAACCUAGUGAAAUGGAUGACUUUGUUGUCAUAGAAGAGGUCGCUAAAGAAGCCCAAGAAACCGACACUGAAGGCAAAAGUGUACAAAUAAAAGCACAAAAAUUUGUUAAACGACAUGACACAGAAAUUGAAGAAUAUUUAUCAAAAACUGCUUCCAAAAAACAAGAAAGUACCAGCAGUGCUUCUGGUUCGCUGUCAGAUGAUGAACUAUUACAGUAUGAAUUAGAACAGAAGAAACUCCAAGCUCAAGAGUUGGCUGAAAUUGAAGCAGGAAGACGUUGGAUCCAAAUGCAAUUUGAAGGAGAUCCACGCUACGAUUACGAAAGAGUGCCCUUAGAAGACAUUAAGGAAGAAGAAAUGACAGACUUUGAUGCCAGUCGAAUUGGUAGCUUAACUUCGCAAAAGGAGUCAAUAGGAAGUUAUGGCAGUUUUAGGAAUUCUUAUGGAAGCCUUUCUGAAUCUGAAAUGGCAUCCCGAAUUAGGUUCAGGGUGAGAGGUGAUAAUGAUGAUAUUUCAAUCAGCUCGUUACAAGAAUUUGAGAAUCUGGAAAGGGCGUUAAUGGAACAGUAUCAGCAACACUCAUCAUCGUCUCAAGAAUCCCUCAAUGGUUCUUUACCAAGGCGUUAUAUUCUCAGUAGAAGUCAAGGGGAUGAUAUUUCUAUUUCUAGUUUGAAAGAAUUUGAAGGUCUCGAAUCAGCCUGUUUAGAAGCGUUAAAAGCAGAAAUACUUGCAAAACAAAAAGAAGCUCUUCUUAUGGCCGAUCCUAAAGAAGUAAGUGGAAGUUUCUUGGAAAGGGAGAAACGGUCAUACAGUGGCAGUUCAGAAAGUAGCCCACCACAAAAGGGUGGAAGCCCAAGCCAAAAGAGUGGUAGUCCUUCCCAAAAAGGAGGAAGUCCCUCGCAAAGGGUUGGCAGUUAUGGUAGCCCUUCACAAAAGAUUUUAACUGAAUCUGCUAGUAUAAGGAAAUUGAUAGACCAACAAAUGGCCAUUGAACAAAAACUACAGCAACAACAGGUAACACCUAAAAUUAUAACCGUAAAGAAAUAUGAUGACAGAGGAGCUUUCUUUGUACCAGAGCCUGAAGCUGGCCCAUCAGAAGCAGAAAUAGAACCAACAGAAGUCGUAGAAGAAUGUAAAAAGUCGUCAUCUUUCGUUUGCGCAGCGGCUCCGAGUGACGGAUCCGCUGAAUCAAUACCAGGAGAUUGCGAGGAAAUGAUGAAGUUGCUAGACCAAGAAGAGAAGACUAAAGAGAGUAAAGCAGUGACUAGAACAUUUACUGAUGGUGGUGUUAUAGAAGUGGUUAGGACCACGACAGUCAUUCAGCAGCGAUUUGUAGAUGGAAAGAAAGUGUCGGAAACAGUGACUAGUACCGAUGGAGAAGGAGCAGUUGAUAUACCUGCGAGACCUAGACAGCUUGAAGAAAGUGCCAUGUCGUAUGGCUCAGAAAUGUCUUCUUCAAUAACAUCUCAACCAUCGGAGAUGGACAGCCUAAUGACUGUGCUUGAAAGACAUACGGAGGGAGAAGUAGUGACUGUUACACGACAAACAAUAACUAUGACUGAUAAACCUGAGGACUUGGAGUUCUCAAGGGAGGGGAGUCUAAUGCGUGAGCUGUCGCCCUCCUCGGGGAGAUCGGUGGCUCACAGUGUAAUCUCGUUCUCCGGUAAACAAUUUACAGAUCCUGCUAGUGGCUCGUGGAGCGGUCAAGAUGAGGAGUUGAGCUCAUCUGGGAGUUUUAGCAGGGGAGCUCGAGCUGACCUGAUGCUUGGCAGCACUGAUAGCUUAGAAGCAACCAGCUCUAACGCCACUCGCGCCACCUACAACUAUGAGGUCGACACUCCGAUGACGGGCAGUCUCACUUCUGGAGGAUCAAAUACCAUGGUAUCAUCUCUGGACACCCUGGAUCCCAUCACGGCUGUCCAGAUGGAGAGCUUAGAGCAUCAGUCCACUAGUGAACAUUAUUCCCAUGACUAUGAAGUACAAGAACCUGACUCUGACACUGAGAGACUGGAGUUAGACAGCAGAACGCCUCGAGCUAAGGAGCGCACCAUCAUGUUUGAUAGUACUGACACACUCAGUGCUGUCAGCGGUGACGGGUCAGUCAAGGAGGCCGCUGUGGAAACACCAGCACCUACCUUCUAUAUUGGAGACACUCCUAUUAUGAGAGGAGAACGUCGAGAUGAUGACGACGCUCAACCAGCACUGUCUGGAAGCGCCCCAGCAUCAUUACCACCUGCCACUCAACCAUCACCGCCCAUACCUGCUCAAAGAAGAUCAUUGUCAAUGCUAGCGAAAUCUCCUCCAUCCAACGCUGAAGACGAUAAGAAGUAA